AUGUUCGCGACUCAACCCGCUCCUUCGACACCCUCGACGCCAUUCCGUCAAACAGGCCACUAUACACCGGCUCGACCAUCCCCCCUCGGACCGCGCAGCACCAACGUCGCCACUCCCCCGUGGACAAUGACCUCGCCCACCCGCUCCGCCCACCCGCAAAAGGCAUCCCACUUUGACCAGGACAAUUCCCACUCCCCCAUUACUUUCCCCAAAUUCACCGGGGCGCAGACAGAACUCCCCCCGCGAUACCAUAACCCUCUAUCCCUGUCUGCCGGCACAUCUCACGCCCAGUCUCAGUCCCAGUCCCCCAAUUUCACCAACAUCGCCUCCUCCCCCGCGCCAUUCACCUUCCAAACAACCGACUCUCAGUCCAACAAUAUAUUUGCGCCGCAGUCACCCGGCCCAACAUCGCCGACGCCAUCGCGCCGGUCGCGCUUUGCGGACCGGUAUGCUGCACAGAUUGCGAAUCCAAUGCGCGGGACGACGUCUCUUGCGCGCUCCAAGACCCGCACCAUGUUCUUGAACCGUGUGAGGAGUGAGCGGGAUACAGGGCGAUUCGAGGCGCGCGGGGAGCAGAUGAUGAUGGCGGAGCAUUUGGCUGAUAAGAGACGGUGGGAAGAGAGUAUGACGCGGGACGCGGAUGGGGUUUUGUAUGGUGUCGAGGGGGAUAUUGAGGAUGAUGGGUUGCUUCCUGAGGACGAAGCUGAGCUGCGGGCCUUGGACGAGUUUGUCUCUCAAGAGGAAGCUUUUGAGCGAGCCGUGCAAGAGUCGAUGAGCAACGACUAUAGACAUCGGAUGGUCGAUCCGGAAGUUCCGUAUAGUGAUGCUGAUUACGAUGAUAUCUUCAUGCACUUGCCAGAGCCUGCGCAGGACAUGGAUAUGUCUUGA